AUGGAUGAGGCGCAAAUACAACGCAUUAUAGAAGCGGCUCUGCUGGCUUCAGAUGGACCAUUGACGGUUGCCAACUUAACCAAGCUGUUCGCGCCUGGCGAACUGGAUGAGGAAAAUGCCACAAAACAGGUGCGCGAUGCGCUGAAGGCACUGCAGGAAGAGAGCGCUGAACGAGGUGUAGAACUGAAACGCGUCGCAUCCGGUUAUCGUUAUCAGGUACGCCAGGAUUUAAGUGACUGGGUGCGCCGUCUGUGGGAUGAGAAGCCUCCUCGGUAUACCCGGGCUUUGCUGGAGACGCUUGCACUGGUGGCUUAUAAGCAACCCGUCACACGAGGUGACAUAGAGCAGGUGCGUGGCGUCAGCGUCAGUCAGAAUAUUAUGCGCACCCUGGUCGAGCGCGAUUGGAUCCGCGUUGUGGGUCAGCGGGAAGUCCCUGGCCGACCAUCGUUGUACGGCACAACAAAAACGUUUUUGGAUUAUUUUAAUCUGCAAUCGCUGACAGACCUGCCACCGUUGGCGGAAAUUCGCGCGCUGAUAGAACCUGCGCUGGUGGUGGAAGACGAAACCAUUACGGUCGCGGUGCAGGCAACGGAAGAUGCUGAGACUGGUGAUUCGGUGGCGGAUGUUGAUGCAGCCAGCAACAGUGAUGAAGCUGGAGAUGUUGAGACAAGUGACCAGGCGGCAAGCGAUCCUGAGUCUGCUGAUGUGGUGCAGUUACACUCCGGCGUCGGCCCUUCUAACUAA